AUGGUGGAAGAUAAUGAUAUUGAGGAAUGCGUUACUCCAUCAAAUUCUUAUUAUUCCAAUUUUGUCCCAGAAAAUAACAGUAAUGAUAGUAUUAAAGGUGUUGGUGAGUUUAAGGAUAUUGAUUUGUCCGACACUUACACACAUUACACCAUCAGUGUUGAGAAUAGCGCCGUGAAUGGCGGGAACAAUGAGAAGGAAGGGAUACUGGAAUAUAUACUAGAUUCAAAAUUGUAUUUGAAACACCAUGAUAACUUGGAAUUAUCGUGUAUAACAGAGAAUAUAAACAGGAAUAGUAAGGAUUUCGGACACAUUAAUAGAAUUAAUCCCAGUUUAUCCGGUUUCGGCCUGGGAAGUAUCAGUAAAUACCACAGAUUGUUAAUUAUAAUCUCUUUUGCACUAUCAUUUAUAUCAAAUUUCGUUGGACAUUUCAUAAGAGAACCUUUGUUUACCACAAAGGUUAAUAUCCAAAAGAGCUUUGGAAGUAGCACACUACAACUUGGUUACUUGGAUAUCUCUUACCUCACGCUCUAUGGGAUUGGUCAUUUAGUGACUCCAUUUGUAUUUUCUCGUUCCUAUGUCAUUACAUUUGUGUCAAUUUUUCACCUGUUCCUGUCUAUAACACACUUUAUAUUAUUUUUAGCUGAGUCUCUGGGCUGGUUUAUAAUGAUUUAUGGUGUAACUGGGUUCUCCUGUUCAGUGUUGUGGUUGUCAAUUUAUAACGAUUUACACACCUGGCUACCACUCAAACAUAGGUUUAUAUUACUCACAAUAUGGUGUUGUUCGUCAGAAUUAGGAUUGAGUUUGGGAACAAUAAUGUGUGCUCACAUUCAAACUGAGACUCGGUGGAAAAUCCUAUUUAUGAUAACAUCUUUUAUUAACUUUGUUACUGGAGUGUUGUUAUUCACGUGUUAUAGAAAACCGCCCCGUAACUCUGAUGAGCCAAACCCUCUCGAGUUAACGGUGCCCGAAACUAAACUCUUCGAUCCAGUUAACCUAUCGAAAGAUAAUAUUAACAAUAUCAAGCAGUAUUUUAAGGGCAUGCGUGACAAUAACAGUGACGUCAGUGGAGUGUGUAAGAACAUGGUAGAAAUGAGCACGAAGGUGGUAAAGGGACAUUUGAACGUUAUGAAAAGAAUUAAAUACCUGUUUAUAUACAUUUUGGGAUAUACUUGUUUAAGAUCUGCCAGAAACUGCUUUGCAUUUUGGAUCUCGUUUUACCUCACCACUAAGCUCAAAUACAGCAUUAAGAGUGGAAUUUACGCCACCUUUGUGUUUCAAAUGGGCUCCUGUUUAGGUUCUCUAGUUGCCGGAGCACUCAGUAAACUUCUCCUCAAGAAGUAUCACUUGCUUUCCUGUGCCAUUGCAUCACUUUUCAGCUUCCUCCUUUGUCCUUUCAUCUACUUCAUUGAACCAGAUAGUGUUUGGAAGACGUUUACGUUCGUUUUUAUCUUCGGACUGGCCACCAAUUGUACAGACUUACUAAUUACCACAAGAGGACUCAAAACACUCUGUGAAUCAUCUCAAGAAGGAGCUGAAGCGGACGAUUAUUCGGUAUCUUUAGGAACUACAUUUUCAAUUUCAACAUUCUUAUCGGUUUUAUAUGGAUACAUUUCAACAUACAUCGCACAUCAUUAUGGGUGGGAUAAGAUGUUUUUAUAUUUAUGUGUACUGAUGUUGUUAUCUACUGGGGCCUUCGGAGUACCAUCAAGAAAGGAAAUCUUAGGAUACAUACAAUCGAUUUUAUAA